CAGCACUUCUCGUGCAUGCGCAGUGGGCACCCGGCUGUCAAAGUCAGGUGUCCACAGUCUGCUCCCCCUCCAUCUCUAAAGGUCCGCAGUGUCUGGUCAUGCCCUGUACUGUCUGCAGUCUCUGGUCAUCCCCUGUGCUGUCUGCAGUCUCUGGUCAUCUGUACUGUCUGCAGUCUCUGGUCAUCUCCUGUACUGUGUCCACAGUCUCUGGUCAUCUCCUGUACUGUGUCCGCAGUCUCUGGUCAUCUCCUGUACUGUCUGCAGUCUCUGGUCAUCUCCUGUACUGUGUCCGCAGUCUCUGAUCAUCUCCUGUACUAUGUCUGCAGUCUCUGGUCAUCUCCUGUACUGUGUCCGCAGUCUCUGGUCAUCUCCUGUACUGUGUCCGCAGUCUCUGGUCAUCUCCUGUACUGUGUCCGCAGUCUCUGGUCAUCUCCUGUACUGUGUCCGCAGUCUCUGGUCAUCUCCUGUACUGUCUGCAGUCUCUGGUCAUCUCCUGUACUGUGUCCGCAA